ACAAGCCGGCCGAUCUCUUCCUGCACUACACUUACGGGGCUGUUGCUGUGAAGCACUGGGGCAAAAAUCUGAACGUUGUGACGCAACGUCCCGGCAUUCCUAAACCGCCAAAACCUGCAUCGGUGCCAAUGGGGCCAACAAAGGAGAAACACGAUCAUGGCAACAGCAUCAGGAAGCAUGAGGAGCGGAGGAGAGAAGAUGAGGAUGGCGAGAGGGAAGGAGGAACAGCUGAGGGACUAGGGGCAAGACAAUUGGCAUCAGAACGGAAUGAGGGGAAUACCGGUGCAGAGUCGGCCAUUGAAUCAGAGCCUUCGGAUAUCUGGGAUGAAGAUGAUGUUAUGUUAUUCUUCUGGGGUAACACGAAGGUUUCCCAGGAAAGGCAUGCUCAGGAGGAGGAGGAGCGCAGAGAGUACCUUGAGAAAUGGAGGUCUGGAGUACCUAGAGAUCAACUCAAUAUAUAAAAUUGUGUAUAAGUGCAUCUACAUAUUGUCAUAUUUUGAGGAUGGAUGUUGUUGAAAGUACAGAGGAGAGUACAGUAUAGAGGA